AGGGAUAUGCGCUCCGCCUCCCAGGCGUGACGCCAGGACGGAGGAGUCGGGAAACAAGUCGGAAAUUAAAAAACACAACUCCAUGUCGGACUGCUUUAAAUAGAGAGAAAUUCAUAAGGAAGCGACCAGCCUGACUCAAUUAUUCAAAGGUUCUACACUAGACCUUAACCGAGGCGCUGGUCACCACAUAUGGACUAAACCAGAGACUCAGAAAGCGAGAGGGAGAAGAGGAGAGAAUAGGUCCUUUUUCCCCCCCUAUUUUGUAUUUGCCUACGUUUGUAAAUCCUCUGGGCUGUUGUGUCCCAGAGAGGGGGGGAUCUCAGCUGGACUUGUUCCCCAAACUGCACUCCCCUCAGUGGGGUUGGUUGUGACCCAGUGCCAGGGUACAUCCCACCUCACGGCAGGCUUUCCUUUCCUGAGCAGCUGUGUCCUGCCUGCGUCCUGCCUCUAUUUCCUGUCCUUGACAGCAGCACCAUGACCUCUAUGUCCAGCCUCUUCUCCUUCACCAGUCCAGCUGUGAAGCGUCUGCUGGGGUGGAAGCAGGGGGACGAGGAGGAGAAAUGGGCUGAGAAGGCUGUUGACGCUCUGGUCAAGAAACUGAAGAAGAAGAAGGGAGCCAUGGAGGACCUGGAGAAAGCCCUCAGCAGCCCAGGACAGCCCAGUAAGUGUGUGACCAUCCCUCGGUCUCUGGACGGUCGUCUCCAGGUGUCUCACAGGAAGGGUCUCCCCCACGUUAUCUACUGCAGAGUGUGGAGGUGGCCCGACCUACAGUCUCACCACGAGCUCAAGCCUCUGGAGGUGUGUGAAUACCCCUUUGGCUCCAAGCAGAAGGAGGUCUGCAUUAACCCCUACCACUACAAGAGAGUAGAGAGCCCAGUGCUGCCUCCGGUGUUGGUGCCUCGCCACAGUGAGUUCAACCCCCAACACAGCCUCUUGGUCCAGUUCAGGAACAUGACUCACAACGAGCCCCACAUGCCCGUGAACGCCACCUUCCCAGAGUCCUUUCAGCAGCACAGCGGGGGCAGUGGCUCCUCCUUCCCAAUCUCCCCCAACUCCCCCUACCCUUCCUCCCCAGCCUCCAGCGGAGGGGUGGGCACCUACCCCAACUCGCCUGCCAGCUCCGGACCCUCCAGCCCCUUCCAGCUUCCAGGUAGAUGGUCUUCUGCCAGCCAGGGGGACAGUCUAAAGUGUAUACCGACGGUCUGCAUCAGGGUGACUGGUGAGCGCCAGUCAGUGCACCCAUCUCUGGACACUGCAUGGGGUCUGACCUCCUGUUCUGCUGAUACCCCACCCCCGGCUUACAUGCCCCCUGACGAGCAGAUGGGACAGGAGGGGUCCAUGGAGACCAGCAGCAGCGGGCCCAGGAACAUGCCUAGUGGGGAUGUGCAGCCAGUGGAGUACGAGGAACCGAGCCACUGGUGCAGUAUUGUGUACUAUGAGUUGAACAACAGAGUGGGUGAGGCCUACCAUGCUUCUUCUACCAGCGUCCUGGUGGAUGGCUUCACUGACCCCUCCAACAACAAGAACCGCUUCUGCCUGGGGUUGCUCUCCAACGUCAACCGUAACUCAACCAUAGAGAACACACGCCGCCACAUCGGUAAAGGGGUCCACCUGUACUAUGUAGGGGGUGAGGUGUAUGCAGAGUGUCUGAGUGACACCAGUAUCUUCGUUCAGAGUCGUAACUGUAACUAUCAUCACGGUUUCCACCCCACCACGGUGUGUAAGAUCCCUAGUGGCUGCAGUCUGAAGAUCUUUAACAACCAGGAAUUUGCUCAGCUACUGGCCCAGUCUGUGAACCAUGGCUUUGAGGCUGUCUACGAACUGACCAAGAUGUGCACCAUCCGAAUGAGCUUUGUAAAGGGCUGGGGAGCUGAGUAUCACCGACAAGAUGUCACCAGUACCCCCUGUUGGAUAGAAGUUCAUCUUCACGGCCCUCUGCAAUGGCUGGAUAAAGUGCUGACACAAAUGGGCUCUCCUCUCAACCCCAUCUCUUCAGUGUCCUAAUGGUUACCCCACAGACCAGACUCUCAACCCCCCCCAUCUCGUCAGUACACUAAUGGUUAACCCCCCCCCCCCAACCGACCAGACUCUCAACCUCCCAUCUCUUCAAUGUCCUUAAGGUGGCUUGCCAGGCUGGGAGAUUCUUUCACAUUUUUUCCAAACUUAUCUUUAUAAUUUUUUUUGCAAUGUUUAAUGAGCAAAAGCAGGUCUUCAAAGGCUGAACUGUUUCCGCAAUCUGACGGCAGAAGGGGUUUUGUACCCAGAGCAGCAGAAUUAUGUUGAGAAAGAGCAGAAGAUAGAUGUUAAAACCGACAGAAUAUUCAGAGUAGCGGCACAAAAUAUUGGACAAACUACUGCUCUGAGUCAUCACUACCAACCAUGUGCUUCUAUUGAGAGUAGUAGGACUUGAAAGCAUGUACCUUAAAUGUUUCUGAUUUUGCAUUAAAAAAAAUGUUUUUAUGUUUGGUAA